GCGUCCAGCUACCGCAGCAGAACCCACACAACCGCUCCAAUACGGACGGAUGGAGAACGGGAGCUGGCUUGGCGGUGCUGUGUUUUGAGUUUUUGCUUUAGUUAUCAGCUCUUUCUUAUGUCAUUUCUACGGGGAGAUAUUCUAAUUCUUCCAUGAUGAAACUUGUGUUUGUUUUUGUUGUGGUUGCGUCUUUCUUUGCGGAACAUCUAUCACUUCCCGUUGGAAAAGAACGACAGCGAGAAGAUGUGGUAACACGGUGCUUGGUUGAGGUCCUGUCCAAAGCACUCACCAAACCUGACUCUCACCCUCUGGAUCAGGAAUGCAAAGAUAUUCUCAAAGCAGGUGUCCAACAUGCUGCUCCUGUGGAGAAGAAAAAUGAUGAGGUGCAGACCCAUGAAGAGGAGGGCAAAGGUCCUGAACCUGAGCCUGAGGUUCCAGGGGCCAACGUGAAAGACAUCGAGGCCCUCCUGAAGUCUGUGGAGGAGAAGAGAGAGACACCUGAGGACGAAGACCGCAGCCAGGAGUCAUGGGACCUCAACGACGAGAAGGAGAAAAGGAUUUGGAAACCAACGCACAGGUAUCAUCAUAAGAAACCCAAUCACAAACGUGAUGAGGAGGUUUCUGAGGAAGUGAGAGAAGACCCGGACGAAGAACAUAGUCAGGAAUCCUGGAGCCUGGGCAAUGAGAAGGAGAAGAGAUAUAGGCCUACCUAUCGGUACACCCCAAAGAAACACCACAAACGAGAUGAAGAGGGUUUAGAGGAAGAGAGAGAAGAGCCAGAUGAGGAACGUAGUCAGGAAUCCUGGAGCCUGGGCAAUGAGAAGGAGAAGAGAUAUAGGCCUACCUAUCGGUACACCCCAAAGAAACACCACAAACGAGAUGAAGAGGGUUUAGAGGAAGAGAGAGAAGAGCCAGAUGAGGAACGUAGUCAGGAAUCCUGGAGCCUGGGCAAUGAGAAGGAGAAGAGAUAUAGGCCUACCUAUUGGUACACCCCAAAGAAACACCACAAACGAGAUGAAGAGGGUUUAGAGGAAGUGAGAGAAGAGCCAGAUGAGGAACGUAGUCAGGAAUCCUGGAGCCUGGGCAAUGAGAAGGAGAAGCGAUAUAGGCCUACCUAUCGGUACACCCCAAAGAAACACCACAAACGAGAUGAAGAGGGUUUAGAGGAAGAGAGAGAAGAGCCAGAUGAGGAACGUAGUCAGGAAUCCUGGAGCCUGGGCAAUGAGAAGGAGAAGCGAUAUAGGCCUACCUAUCGGUACACCCCAAAGAAACACCACAAACGAGAUGAAGAGGGUUUAGAGGAAGUGAGAGAAGAGCCAGAUGAGGAACGUAGUCAGGAAUCCUGGAGCCUGGGCAAUGAGAAGGAGAAGCGAUAUAGGCCUACCUAUCGUUACACCCCAAAGAAACACCACAAACGAGAUGAAGAGGGUUUAGAGGAAGAGAGAGAAGAGCCAGAUGAGGAACGUAGUCAGGAAUCCUGGAGCCUGGGCAAUGAGAAGGAGAAGAGAUAUAGGCCUACCUAUCGGUACACCCCAAAGAAACACCACAAACGAGAUGAAGAGGGUUUAGAGGAAGAGAGAGAAGAGCCAGAUGAGGAACGUAGUCAGGAAUCCUGGAGCCUGGGCAAUGAGAAGGAGAAGAGAUAUAGGCCUACCUAUCGGUACACCCCAAAGAAACACCACAAACGAGAUGAAGAGGGUUUAGAGGAAGAGAGAGAAGAGAGAGAAGAGCCAGAUGAGGAACGUAGUCAGGAAUCCUGGAGCCUGGGCAAUGAGAAGGAGAAGAGAUAUAGGCCUACCUAUCGGUACACCCCAAAGAAACACCACAAACGAGAUGAAGAGGGUUUAGAGGAAGUGAGAGAAGAGCCAGAUGAGGAACGCAGCCAAGAGUCCUGGAGUCUGGGAGAUGAAAAGGAGAAGAGAGAGGAGGAUGAGGAUGACAGAGAGAAGAGGAUUUGGAAACCAACUCACAGGUACCACCACAAGAAGCAUCACAAACGCAAUGGGGAUUCCUCAGAGGAGGAAGAAGAGGAACGAAGGAGCGAUUCCAAUGAACACGAGGAGGAGAAGAGGCACGGAGAUGCCGAGGAGGAGGAGGAGGAGGAGAGAGAGAGGGAUAGGCAGGAGGCUCUGAGAUACCUGGCGGAGAAGAGGAGUGAGGUGGAGAGUCGUUUCCUGGGGGAGGGCGAGGUGUAUGAGAAACGUACUCCAUGGGCUUACAGAGGAUACUACCACCCCGCCUGGUGGAAGAGAAGUACAGAGCCACACACACCAUCGCAUAAGAUGGAGGAACUGGCGAAGCUGCUGACCUAUAAGGAUCCCCAGCUGGCCAGUCAAUCAGAACCGGCGGAGGAGGAAAAGAAGAAGAGUUUAUCUCUAACCCCAGAGGAGGAGAAGGAGCUGGAGAACAUAGCAGCUAUGGACAUGGAGCUACAGAAAAUCUCUCAGAAGAUGAAUGAGAACAGGAGUGACUAGAUAGAGGACAGGCAGAGGCAGACAGACAGGGAUGCUAAGCUACUAUCUCAGUGUGCUAACCUUGUGUAACAAAAUAGUAAAAAGAGAGCUGUAGACUGAUCCGUCAGCGUUCCUGACUAAAAAACAUACAAACAUCUAAGAGCCUUGCCGCAGAUUCUGCUGUGUUAACCUUUGCACCUGUGAAAUGUUGAUGUUAUCAAAAGAAUCAGCAUGGAGACUGUUUAGUUUAUAUUAGAUAAUAUAUAAGUAUAAUAGUAUAAAGAUAUAUGCUUUGCUAAUUUGUCCAGAUUUCUAUAUAUUUAAAGUAUGCGUAACAGUUUUGUUCAAACUUUUGAAUGGUUGUUUGUUUGUUUCUUCAGUCUGCAUUUAAUUAAAUGAAUUAUUCUAA